AUCCUAUUCCCUCUUGUGGAUCAUUCUCUGAAAGGGGAAACAAUAUUAUGAGGAGGUGAUUAAUAUCGGAGGUACAAUUGCAAAAGGCUUGUCUGGAUAUUCCCUGAAGGAAAACCUUGUGGCAGGAGAGUCAUUUAGAAGAUUUGGAAGUGAGAAAGAGGAGCAGGAAUCCUGAUCUCAUCUCCCCAGUGCAGGAAGAGACUUGGUUUAUUCCGGCUGCAGAAGCAAAGAGCUGUUCAAUGUAGUGGGAUUUUCUUUGCAAGAAUACCUGACCUCCUUUUCCAGAGAUCCCUGCAGAAUCUGCCAUGAGAACCAUCUCUGGAUGGCUGAAGUGGGGGGACAGGACAGGGUGCAGCUGCGCAUCCAGGAGGAUAUGGGGGGCAUGGUGGGUUUUUGGGCUCCUGGAAGUGCAAAGUUGGAGCAGGCUUGUCUUCAUCAGCUUUGGUCUAUUGGCUGUAUCAGCAACGGGUCAGAACUGCAGUUUCACUCUGCAAGAACCAAAUGGAACAGUAGAAAGUCCAGGAUUCCCAUAUGGAUAUCCAAAUUAUGCCAACUGCACAUGGACUAUUAAUACAGAAGCGCAAAAUCGAAUACAGUUGUGGUUCCAUUCAUUUGCCUUAGAAGAAGACUUUGAUGUCCUAUCUGUAUAUGAUGGAGUGCUAUCAGCUGAAAACCUGAGGACAAGGUUAACAGGUUUUCAUCUCCCAGCCCCAAUUGUGAGCAGUGGAAGUCUCCUAACUCUUUGGUUGGUAUCAGACUAUGCAGUCAGCGCUCAAGGCUUUCGCUCCACCUAUGAAGUUUUGCCAAGUCACACAUGUGGAAAUCCUGGGCGCCUACAGAAUGGUCUACAACAGGGGACGACAUUCAACAUAGGAGACAAAGUCCGAUACAGCUGCAAUGCAGGGUAUAUACUUGAAGGUCAUGCCUUGCUAACCUGCGCAUCCAGCUCUCAAAGCAGUGCCUCUUGGGAUUUUCCUCUGCCCACAUGUAGAACGGACGAUGCAUGUGGAGGAACUUUAAGAGGCCAAAGUGGAAUCAUAACAAGUCCUCAUUUCCCAUCGGAAUACAAUAACAAUGCUGACUGUACAUGGACAAUCCUUGCAGAGGUUGGGGACACGAUUGCCUUGAUCUUCACAGACUUUCAAUUAGAAGAUGCAUAUGACUAUCUGGAAGUCACAGGCACAGAUGGCUCAUCACUCUGGUUUACAGGAUCAAACUUACCACCACCAGUUAUCAGCAGCAAGAAUUGGCUACGAAUUCACUUUACAUCUGAUGGAAAUCACAGACAGAAAGGAUUUAGUGCACAGUACCAAGUGAAAAAGCAAAUGGAGAUGAAAUCUAGAGGAGUCAAGCUUCUGCCCAAUAAGGACAGCAACCAGAAGACAUCAGUGUUAACUCAGGUGGGUGUUUACCAAGGACACCAUUUGUGUCCCGACCCAGGAGUUCCAGAACAUGGGAAAAGAAUAGGUACUGAUUUCAGGCUUGGCUCCAGCAUUCAGUUCAUGUGCAAUGACGGUUAUGAUCUUCAAGGUUCCAAAAGUAUCACCUGCAUGAAAGUCAGCGAUAUGUUUGCUGCUUGGAGUGAUCACCGACCUGUGUGCAGAGCAAGAAUGUGUGACGCUCAUCUUCGGGGGCCUUCCGGGAUCAUCACCUCCCCUAACUACCCAGUCCAGUAUGAUAGCAAUGCACACUGUGUGUGGAUAAUCACAGCUAUUAACCCAUCCAAGGUGAUCAAGCUUACAUUUGAAGAGUUUGAGCUGGAAAGAGGGUAUGACACUCUCACAGUAGGAGAUGGUGGAAAGGUUGAGGACCAGAAAUCUGUACUCUAUGUGCUGACUGGAGCCAGUGUUCCCGAUCUUAUAGUGAGCUCUAAUCACCAGAUGUGGCUUCUGUUCAGGACUGACUCUUCUGGGAGUAACCUUGGUUUUAAGGCUUCUUAUGAAGAGAUAGACCAGGGGAGCUGUGGUGACCCAGGUAUCCCAGCAUUUGGAACGAGAGAUGGAUCACGAUUCCGACAUGGAGACAUCCUGGUAUUCCAGUGCCAGCCAGCGUUUGAGUUGGUUGGGCAGUCGACAAUCACAUGCCAAAAGAACAGCCAAUGGUCUGCCAGAAAGCCUAGUUGUGUGUUUUCCUGCUUCUUUAAUUUCACAACUCCUUCUGGAAAUGUCCUGUCUCCAAACUACCCUGAAGAAUACAGCAACCACCUGCACUGUGUGUGGCUGAUCAUAGCCAAGCCCGAGAGCCGCAUUCACCUGGCUUUCAAUGACUUUGACGUGGAGCCUCAGUUCGACUUUCUGGCAGUGAAGGAUGGCGGUUCUCCGGAGUCACCUGUCCUGGGCACUUUCUCAGGGAACCAGGUGCCCUCAUCAUUAACAAGUAGCGGUCAUGUGUUAAGACUUGAGUUCCAGACCGACCACUCCACCGAAAAGCGAGGAUUCAAUAUCACGUUUACCACUUUCAGGCACAACGAGUGCCCUGAUCCCGGCGUGCCAGUGAAUGGCAAAAGAUUUGGAGAGAGCCUGCAGCUGGGGAGUUCUGUGUCCUUCUUGUGUGACGACGGUUUUAUCCGCACACAUGGCUCGGAAACCAUCACUUGUAUCUUAAAAGAAGGAAAUGUUGUAUGGAAUAGCGCAGUACUGAGAUGUGAAGCCCCAUGUGGUGGACACCUGACAGCUCCAAGUGGGAUGAUUCUUUCUCCUGGCUGGCCUGGGUUUUACAAGGAUUCCUUGAACUGUGUGUGGGUUCUGGAAGCACAGCCUGGAUACCCUAUAAAAAUCACAUUUGACAAAUUUAAGACUGAGGUGAAUUAUGACACCCUGGAAGUGAGAGAUGGGAAGUCUUAUUCUUCACCAUUGAUUGGGGUCUAUGAUGGCACGCAGGUACCCCAGUUCUUAAUCAGCACCAGCAACUUCCUAUACCUGCUCUUCACCACUGACAAGAGUCACUCCGACAUUGGUUUUCAAAUCCGCUAUGAGACGGUGAAACUGCAGUCAGAUCAUUGCCUUGAUCCAGGAAUCCCGGUAAAUGGUCAGCGUCAUGGUAAUGAUUUCUAUGUUGGGGCCCUUGUGACAUUCAGCUGUGACUCUGGUUACACCCUCAGUGAUGACCAGGCACUAGAGUGUGAGCCCAAUUUUCAGUGGAGCAGAGCCCUGCCCAGCUGUGAAGCUCUUUGUGGGGGAUACAUCCAGGGUUCUACUGGAACCAUCUUAUCACCUGGAUUUCCUGAUUUCUACCCCAAUAACCUGAAUUGUACAUGGGUUAUAGAAACAUCUCAUGGGAAAGGUGUAUUCUUUACCUUUCACACCUUUCACCUGGAGAGUGGCCAUGAUUUCCUGCUUAUCACAGAGAAUGGUAGUUUCAGUCAGCCUCUGAAACGUCUCACUGGGUCUAGACUCCCUGCUCCUAUUAGUGCUGGGUUGUAUGGAAACUUCACAGCACAACUUCGUUUUAUCUCAGACUUCUCCAUGUCCUACGAGGGAUUUAAUGUCACGUUCUCAGAGUAUGAUCUGGAACCAUGCGAUGAGCCGGAGGUCCCAGCUUACAGCAUCAGAAAGGGUCUCCAGUUUGGGGUUGGUGACUCCUUGACGUUCUCCUGCUUCCCUGGAUACCGCUUGGAAGGAGCUUCUCGCAUCACCUGCCUGGGAGGUAGACGGCGUGUGUGGAGUUCGCCUCUCCCAAGGUGUGUUGCUGAGUGUGGAGCAUCUGUCACUGGAACUCAGGGUGUCUUGCUGUCCCCGGGUUACCCAGCAAACUAUAGCAACCACCAUGAAUGUAUAUACUCCAUCCAGAGCCAACCAGGGAAAGGUGUUCAGCUGAAAGCCAGGACGUUCGACCUUGCACCUGGAGACCACCUUAAGGUCUUUGAUGGACACAAUAAUUCUGCUCGACUGCUUGGUAAAUUUAGCCAGUCAGAGAUGCUGGGGCGGAGCCUGAACAGCACCUCAAGUGCCCUGUGGCUGGAGUUCAUCACUGAUGCCGAAAAUACCAGUAAAGGAUUUGAGCUGUUUUAUUCCAGUUUUGAGCUGAUUAAAUGUGAAGACCCAGGGACACCACAGUAUGGCUACAAGGAUAAAGACGAGGGACACUUUGCGGGAAGCUCAGUGACUUUCAGCUGUGAUCCAGGUUAUAACUUACGUGGUAGCCGUGUAUUAGUGUGCCUGACUGGAGAGCGCAGAGUGUGGAACCAGCCUCUUCCUUUGUGCAUAGCGGAGUGUGGUGGUGUUAUACGCGGAGAGAAAGUGGGCCGGGUGUUGUCUCCUGGGUAUCCUGCACCCUAUGAUCACAACCUCAAUUGCAUUUGGAUAAUUGAAGCGGAUGCUGGCUGCACCAUCGGGUUACACUUCACGGUUUUCCACACUGAGGAUGUGCAUGAUGUCCUGAAGAUAUGGGAUGGAUCCGUAGAGAGCGGCAUUCUCAUGAAGGAAUUAAGCGGUUCCACCUUGCCCUCCGACAAACACAGCACCUUCAAUUCUGUCACGCUGCAAUUCAAUACAGAUUUCUUCACCAGCAAACAGGGGUUCUCUAUCCACUUUUCAGUUACUACAGCUACAUCCUGUAAUGAUCCCGGAAUACCUCAAAAUGGCAGCAGAAGUGGAGAUAGUCGUGAUGCUGGUGACACCAUUGUAUUCCAGUGUGAUCCAGGCUAUCUUCUAGAAGGUGAACCCAAGAUUAACUGUGUGCAGAUUGCUGACAGGUUCUACUGGAAUCCCAACCCUCCAAUCUGCAUAGCUCCGUGUGGUGGCAAUCUAACUGGACCAACAGGAGUUAUCCUGUCACCGCAAUACCCAGAACCUUACCCACCUUUGAAAGAGUGUGACUGGAAAUUGAUGGUGUCUUCUGAUUAUGUGAUUGCUCUCUCCUUUAACACCUUUAAUAUAGAGCCUGGUUAUGAUUUCCUGCACAUCUAUGAUGGGCCAGACUCACUAAGCCCACUAAUAGGAAGUUUUUAUGGGUCCCAGCUUCCUGACAGAAUCGAGAGCAGAAGCAACAGCUUGUUCAUUGCUUUUCGGAGUGAUGCAUCUGUGAGCAGUGGGGGGUUCGUCAUCGAUUACACAGAGAAUCCCAGGGAGUCCUGUUUUGAUCCAGGAGCAAUAAAAAAUGGCACCCGUGUUGGAAGUGAUCUAAAACUUGGCUCUACUGUAACUUACUACUGUGACAGUGGCUAUGAGGUUGAGGGAGCAUCUACUCUGACCUGUGUGAUGGGAGGAGAUGGAAAGCCAAUAUGGAACUAUCCUUGUCCUACAUGUAUAGCUCCCUGUGGAGGACAAUAUGUUAAUCAAGAUGGAGUGAUACUGUCUCCCAAUUACCCCAGUAACUAUACCUCUGGACAGAGCUGUUCCUAUUUUAUUGUUGUUCCAAAGGAUUAUGUGGUGUUUGGCCAGUUCACCUUCUUCCAGACUGCGCUCAAUGAUGUGGUUGAAGUACACGAUGGGCCCAACGAACAAGCUCGUCUACUCAGCUCCUUAUCUGGAUCUCAUACGGGUGAAUCUCUACCUCUUGCAACUUCCAAUCAGAUUUUAAUUAAGUUCAGUACCAAGGGACAGGCGACAGCCAAAGGAUUUCAUUUUGUGUACCAAGCUGUUCCUCGUACAAGUGCCACUCAGUGCAGUUCAAUACCAGAGCCCAAAUAUGGCCGUCGUGUCGGGAACGAUUUCUCAGUUGGAGCUGUUGUGCGCUUUCAGUGUAUCCCUGGCUAUGUUCUGCAGGGAUCCAAGAACAUUGAAUGCCAGGCAGUGAUUGGAGCUCUGGCACAGUGGAACACCUCUGUGCCCUCAUGCCUGGUGCCUUGUGGUGGGAAUCUGACGGAACGCAAAGGAACAAUCCUGUCUCCGGGCUUCCCUGAGCCGUACCUGAACAGCUUGAACUGUGUGUGGAAGAUCACAGUACCUGAGGGAUAUGGAAUCCAGAUCCAGGUAAUCAGCUUUGGUACAGAGCAGAACUGGGACUCACUGGAAGUCUUUGAUGGAGGAGACAAUACAGCCACCAUGUUGGGAAGUUUUUCAGGAACCACAGUGCCGGCGCUGCUUAAUAGCACUUCAAACCACCUGUACCUGCAUUUCUUCUCUGAUAUCAGUGUGUCUGCAGCCGGCUUUCACCUAGAAUAUAAGACUGUAGGUCUUCUCAGUUGCCCUGAACCAUCUGUUCCCAGUAAUGGAGUAAAGAUUGGAGAAAAAUACCUUGUGAAUGAUGUGAUCUCAUUCCAUUGUGAACCAGGAUAUACCCUGCAGGGUCAUUCUCAUAUCUCCUGUAUGCCGGGUACAGUGAGACGCUGGAAUUAUCCUCCUCCACUAUGUAUCGCCCAAUGUGGAGGAGUUACAGAAGACAUGGAAGGUGUCAUACUAAGCCCUGGAUUCCCAGGAAACUACCCCAGUAAUUUGGACUGCACCUGGAAGAUCUCUUUACCCGUGGGAUUCGGAGCUCACAUUCAGUUUCUCAGCUUUUCAAGUGAAGCAAAUCAUGACUUUUUGGAGAUCCGCAAUGGCCCUCACGAGACCAGCGGUGUAAUUGGCAGGUUUAGUGGGUCAGAGACGCCUGGUAACCUUCUCUCUACAUCACAUGAAACCUCUAUUUAUUUCCAUAGUGACCAUUCUCAAAAUAAACCAGGAUUUAAAUUGGAAUAUCAGGCCUAUGAGCUUCAAGAAUGUCCAGAUCCAGAACCGUUUUCCCACGGUGUGGUCCGAGGAGCUGGUUACAAUGUUGGGCAAUCAAUCUCCUUUGAGUGCAAUCCCGGAUACCAGUUGGUAGGUCAUCCAGUCCUAACAUGCCAACAUGGCACCAGCAGAAACUGGGAUCACUCGUUUCCCAGGUGUGAAGUUCCAUGUGGAGGAAAUGUCACAGCUUUCAAUGCAUCCAUAUACUCUCCUGGCUUCCCCAAUCAGUACCCAAAUUCCCAGGACUGUUCCUGGAUCAUCACUGUUCCAGUUGGAUUUGGAAUUCACAUCAACUUUACAAUCCUGGAAACAGAACCACAAAAUGAUCACAUCACUAUCUGGGAUGGGCCCCAACAAACGGACAUCCAGCUAGGUGUGUUCACCAGCAGUUCCACAAAAAGAUCAACAAUGAGCUCCUCCAACCAAGUCCUUAUAACCUUUCACAGCAAUGCUGCCAAUGGAGGCAUCUUCGCAUUGUACUUCUAUGGAUAUCGGCUCCGGAAGUGCAAACCACCAAUUACAGUUCCAAAUGGAGAAGUGCUCUCAGGGAGCGAGGAGUUUCUCAUGGGUGAUAUUGUGCGCUACAAAUGUCUCCCAGGAUUCACCUUGGUGGGGCCUGAAAUCUUGAUCUGUCAUCUUGGAACCCGCUUACAGUUUGAGGAACCUCCCCCAUCCUGUGAUGUACUUUGUCCAGCUAUUGAGAUCCUGACUGAUUCCACUGGAGUAAUCCUGAGCCAAAGUUAUCCCGGUACCUAUCCUCAGUUCCAGACAUGUUCCUGGCUUAUUAAAGUUGAAGCCGGGUACAAUGUGACCCUUACUGUGGAGUACUUUCUAAGUGAGAAGCAGUAUGAUGAGUUCGACAUAUUUGAUGGUCCAUCUGGACAAAGUCCAUUGCUAACAUCCUUGAGUGGCAACUAUUCAUCACCCAUGACCUUCACCAGUACAGGAAACAAAGUGCUUCUACGUUGGAUGUCUGAUCACGCAUACAGUAGGAAGGGGUUCAAGAUACGCUACUCAGCCGCAUACUGCAGCCUCCCGCGUCCUCCUCUCCACGGCUCCAUACUAGGUCCUGUUAUCAGUCCUCCCGGAGGGGUUGUGCGGUUCACAUGCAAUCCUGGCUACAGGCUCAUUGGAAUUAACUCAGCUACAUGCCUACGUCGUCCUCAAGGCUAUUAUGACUGGAACUCAGAGGUGCCACUAUGUCAGGCAAUGUUUUGCGGUGUACCUGCUGCUCCCAAAAAUGGAGCAGUAUUUGGAAAGGAGUACACCGUGGGCACCAAAGCCUUUUAUGACUGUAAUGAGGGACACCACCUCCUGAAUCCUGAAGAUGCUACUGCAGAGUGUUUACCCUCCGGACACUGGAGCAAUGGCAACAACCCCUCACAAUGUGUAGCGGUCACAUGUCCUGAAAUCAACAGUAUAAACACAGAACAUGGUCGCUGGCGUCUCAUCCAGAAAACACAGUAUCAGUAUGGAGCGGAGCUUAUGCUAAUCUGCGAUCCUGGCUAUUACUACAUAGGAUCUCGCAUUAUUCAUUGUCAGGCCAAUGGAACAUGGAGUGCGGGGGAGACAUUGCCUACCUGCAACAUUAUCUCCUGUGGAGAUUUACCCAUUCCAGCUAAUGGGAACAAAAUUGGGAUGUUGACCCAAUAUGGAGCAACUGCCAUCUUUGCCUGUAACAGUGGCUAUACUCUUGUGGGGUCCCGAGUGCGAGAGUGCAUGGCAAAUGGGCUGUGGAGUGGGCAGGAGGUCAAGUGCUUGGCUGGUCAUUGUGGUACCCCAGAACCUAUCGUGAACGGUUUUAUUAAUGGGCAGAACUAUAAUUAUCGAGACAGUGUGGUAUACCACUGUAAUGCAGGCUUCAGACUAAUUGGAAAGUCUGUAAGAAUAUGUCAGCAGGACCAUCGGUGGUCAGAGAGGUCCCCCAUCUGUGUGCCUAUCACCUGUGGGCACCCCGGGAAUCCUGGGUACGGAAUAACUCAGGGAUCCCAGUUUAACCUGAAUGACAUUGUGAAGUUUGCAUGUAACCCAGGCUAUAUCAUGGAGGGUGCAGUUCAAGCUCAUUGUCAAGCAAACGGACAGUGGAGUCAUGCCCUGCCGACAUGCAGAAUCUUGAACUGUACGGAUCCUGGCCACGUUGAAAAUGGUCUCAGACGGGUACUGCAAAGAGGUCCAGAUCGAUUUAGUUUUGGGACAUCUGUAUCCUAUGAGUGUAGCCAUGGUUACUAUUUAAUGGGAACACACGUGCUUUCCUGCCAAGGGGAUGGCACAUGGGACCGAGACCUUCCCAGCUGUCUAUUGAUCUCUUGUGGUUCCCCUGGCCUUCCACCUAAUGCUCAGGUUUCAGGAAGAAGAUAUACAGUGGGUUCUGUAAUACAUUAUAGCUGCCUUGGCAAACGUACCCUAAUUGGAAAUGCCACCCGUACUUGCCAAUUGGACGGACGUUGGAGUGGCUUCCUGCCACACUGCUCAGGGGGUAGUUCCAGUGAGUGUGGGGACCCUGGAGUUCCAUCUCAUGGACUUCGCCAGGGUGAUGACUUUACGAUAGACAGUAUAGUGCGCUUUAGUUGUGAAGCUGGGUACGUCCUGCGAGGGUCUGCAGAGAGAAAAUGUCUGUUCAGUGGAUCAUGGAGUGGAUUACAGCCUGAGUGUGAAGUGAUUUCAUGCGGAAAUCCUGGGACCCCCAGCAACUCUCGUGUGAUAUUCAAUGAUGGUCUGGUAUUUUCUAGCUCUAUUGUUUAUGAGUGCCGCGAGGGUUAUUACACCAGUGGACCCCUGAGGCGGGACUGCACUGUCAAUGGUACAUGGGCUGGCACUGCUCCAGAGUGCACAGUAAUUAACUGUGGGGAUCCUGGCACCCCAGCAAAUGGUAUCCGACUAGACAAUGAUUUCCAUUACAAUCAUACAGUAUCCUUCCAGUGUUUACCUGGGUACAUGAUGGAGUCAGACCGUGCAGCAACCCUUUAUUGCACAAAAGAUCGCACAUGGAAUGGCACAAAGCCACUCUGCAAAGCCAUUACCUGCCCGCCUCCUCCCUCUAUUACUAAUGGGAAAGUGGUGGGAUCAGACUUUCUCUGGGGAUCCAGCCUUUCGUACACCUGCUUAGAAGGUUACCAGCUGUCCUUGCCAGCUGUCCUUACCUGUGAGAGCAACAGGACCUGGGUUGGAGAGGUUCCACAAUGCUUCCCUGUAUUCUGUGGAGAUCCAGGCAUUCCUGCUCAUGCUCGGAGAGUAGAUAGAGGCUUCAAUUAUCGUUCAUCCAUAUCUUUUUCAUGUCCUCCUCCACUGGUCUUGGUGGGAUCAUCACGCAGGUUUUGUCAGUCAGACGGCUCUUGGAGUGGGACUCAACCGAGCUGCAUUGAUCCCUCCCACACAACCUGCACUGAUCCAGGGAUCCCUGCCUUUGGAAUGCAGAACGGCUCUCAGGGGUUCCAGGUUAGCAAUAUAGUACAAUUUAAGUGUCAGAAGGGAUACCUCCUUCAGGGCUCCACCACACGGACCUGCCUCCCAAACUUGACUUGGAGUGGGGUGCAACCAGAGUGCAUUCCCCACAACUGCCGACAGCCUGAAACACCCGCUCAUGCCAAUGUCGGAGCAAUAGACUUACCAUCCUUAGGCUACACAUUGAUCUACACUUGCCAAGCUGGUUUUUACCUCACUGGGGGCUCCGAGCAUAGAACCUGCAGGGUGGAUGGGAGCUGGACAGGGAAGCCUCCUGUGUGUCAGGCUGAUGUCAGACCCAGUGGAAAACCUAUUUUCCCAGUUAAAGAUCCUCCCAUCCAAAAAAUAUCCGUUCCUGCUGAUGUCUUUGCCAAGGACUCUCUUUGGAAAGGGUCUUAUGAAUAUCAAGGAAGAAAACAACCAGCAAUGCUCACGGUCACCAGUUAUGAGGUUGGAAACAGUAAAGUUAAUGCCACCAUGAUUGAUCACAGUGGGGUAGAGCUGCAAGUAUCAGGUAUUUACAAAAAGGAAGAAUUUCACCUUCUUCUCCAGGCAUAUCAGAUCCGGGGACCAAAAGACAUUGUCAUGGAGAAGUUCAAGAUAGAUAGCUGGGCUUUGGAUGGCCAUGUUUCUUCUGAAUCUGGUGGGGGAACAUAUGUUUAUCAAGGCUUUGUGCGUGGAAAAGGAUUUGGACAGUUUGGUCUUCAAAGAAUAGACAGGAGAUUAUUAGAAAAUAGUCCUGACACCAUAGGACACUUCCCAUCCAACAGCAGCUCUGUGGCAGCUGCUAUUCUUGUGCCUUUUAUAGCUCUCAUCAUUGCUGGUUUCGUCCUAUAUCUCUACAAACACAGAAGAAGACCCAAGGUUCCAUUUAAUGGCUUCACAGGACAUGAGAACACAAAUGGCCGGGCAACAUUUGAGAAUCCUAUGUAUGAACGGAAUGUGCAGCCCACAGAAAUUGUGGCAAAUGAGACAGAAUUUACAGUUAGCACAGUGUGCACUGCUGUAUAGCACCCGCCCUGCACCAGUGAAACGGUUAUACUUGGAGUCUCCAGCCAGUCUUUCCCUCGCCCUGCAUAUCAUCAGUUGGCAGCUGAUAUCACCAGUGCCACCUGUAGCCACUCCAUUUUUUGAUGACGUCCAAAGUGUGCUAGGCUGGGGGGUUCAGGAGAAACCAGGAGAAUAUCCCAUGUUCUAAGAAGCAAUGCCAACAGCGGACUGGCAAACUCACUCUACUCCAGUCUGAGUAUCAUGCAGCCUUGGCAACUGGGAAUCUCAACACAAGUGGCAGGGUUGCCACCUCCAGAGGUCCUUAUCCUCCAGGGACACCGUGCAAGUGCUUUUAUAGUUAACUUGUAUACAUGCAACGUUGGCUGGGAGUGGAUAUAAACAAAUCUAUAUAUAUAAAUAUACAUAUUUUUAUUCUGCAAAGAACCAGUUCCAAAAAGUGCUUUUCCUCCAUUCUUCUCCGCCUGAUCCCUGCAGCACAUAACAGACUGUGUGGCGUUGGCGGGAAGGGGGAGCGCCGCCUUACACCCCAAACCCCAGGUUGGUGUGCAAGUCUUCAACCAGACAACGGUUCAACCAACGCUUGAAGGAGAGCUGUCCAAUUAUUCUGUUUCAAAACUAACCCUUCUUAUUGGUCACUGAGCACAUAGGUAGACUGGCACCUUCCGAUGGAUAAAUUAGAAACGAUUGGCCACAUUACCUCAAAUGGUCAUGUUGAGUUAGUUGGAUGUGUGAGGUUUUUGUGAGCAAUGCAUUGCAGGUUCCUUUGGGUCUAUUCUCAGUAUUAUUUUGCUGCAUUUUUGGUAGAGGGUGUUUUGUGCAGAGGUUACUGAAACUAGACAGACCCUUACCAAAAUCAGGAUGUUAUCAAAGUUGAGAGACUAUAUGGAAAAAACCCCUGAUACACACAGCCAUUUUAUGGUCAUCUCAAUACAUUUGUUUGACCAUAUGAAUGUUCUUCUGUGAGCCACUGACAGAGUGAGACUAGUCAUGUGGUGCAGUGUCACAGCAAGUAGUAAAUUACCUUCUCCAAUGACAAUGAAUGAAAUUCAAGUCUUUGAAUGUUAUACCAGGCAACAUCAAAUCCACAACAUUAUAACACGGUGUAAUAUAUGAUUAGGUACUCACACCUGGCCUCUGUCUUUCACAUAUGCCAAACUUUAUGUGUUUUACCAAAACCAGUAUGCCCUUUAUCAGGAAAUCACAUUUAUUAUAAAUACAACCAGUUUGGAUGCGCAACAUUUCUCAAGUUAAUAUAUUUAAAUUGAUUAACUUGGGAAAUAAAAACAUUUAUUUUCUUAUUUUAAAUUAUUGCCUAUUUGCCUGGUGGAUGUUACUAUGCUACUAUUCAUGAUAAAACCAUUGACUACCUCUUCUGUUUCUAUAGUACUUCAUAGCAUACAUACAUACAUACAUACAUACAUACAUACAUACAUACAUACAUACAUACAUACAAUAUGUACCCUGAUGUUGUCAAGGUACAAGCAUUAAUUGUUAACUAAACAAUGAUUAUUUCCAUUUGCUCCUAUGUAACAAUAAAUCUGGUAAUGAAGCAGUCAAAAGAACGUGCAAUAAAAACAUAGGAUUUCAGGAGAACAAUCAUACCAAAUUUAUAUAGAGAACUCAGAAACUGUAGUGUUCACUCACAUACGUAGAACUAGGACGAUAACACUAAUAAUUACUUUAAGUAUAGAAUACUCAUAGUCCAAUGUGACAGAGGUAAUGUCUGCCUCUCUAUACACCUCUGUGAAUGCUACAGGUGUGCAGGCAUGACUUGUAUAACCCCAUGAACAGCCCCGGUUCCCCCUGCAAUGCAUUGCUGAGUUAUUUUGUGCAAUGACACCUUUCUGGGGGUGGUCUUCUGUAUGCCGGCGGUUCUGGUGGCAACUGUACCAUCAGCCGACCGGGUGACUGUAUGUACUGUAGUGUCACAUGGAUUUGCUGUACAGGUCAUAUGUAGCAACUUUUAUUGCACUUGACAACAAGAUAAUGAAUAGAUGAAAAAAGUUUGAAUGUAACCCAUAUAUAUUUAUGUAUUUUAAAUAUAUAUAUAUUUUAGUUUAAGAGCAAAUGGUUUUAAGACAUAAAUAUACAGGUUACUGUCACUUUGGGCCUGAUUCAGAAGUAGACACAAUGCCCGUCACUGCAGCGCCGUUGUGUGUUGCAGACCAGAGAAGCUAUGCAAAUGCUGCAGCUGCCGUGAUUUGCAUUGAGAUGCCCACCUCCGGCUUCUCAGAUCUGCUGCUUGCAUACAGAGACGCACCAUCGGAUGCACAUCGGUCCCGCCUUCAGACCUCUGACCAACCCUGUGGUAGUCCAGAAUGUCUGUCACAAGUAAGACGCCGGGCCAGUGAAACUGUGUAAGGAGACACAGCUGCUGGCUCAACAUGCCCCCCAAAAUGAUGGUGACAUGCCUGUGUUUAGUAGCCACCCACUGUACCACACACAAAUGGCCGCUAUCUGUCAGUCACUCUGCAUCCUGAUCCACAGUACGACCGCCAUCACUGAGCCAUUGGGCUACAUGCACAGCGCCACUACUCAGACACUUGCGUAGUAUAAAACGCAUCAUCCAACUGCGUCUGCCUCUUAAUCAGGCCCUUUUUUACUUUAGAGGUGUUUCUGCCUGUUGUUGAGGAUAAAUAAAAUGGCUGAUGUCAAAGUGUUCCUUAGCAAAGACCAAUGAAUAUAUAAAGAUGACAUGGCCAUUGAGUGACAUGUUGGGAGGUUUGUAGCUGCCAUUUUAAUCCUUGUGCUUUACAAAUUCCAAUAACUUUAAUGAUUCUAAACAGGCAAAAACACAGCAUUUAGCAGCAAACGUAUGGUAAAUAAUAUGUACUAACAACGUGUCAUAUUGGUGCUUUAUGCUCUUUGCACAACACAGCUGAGCAGAUUGUGGAACAUCAGACAUGCAGGGGGGUAAACUUACCUAGUUCCGGAUACUCAUGAUGCUACUUUCUCCUUGGCCUCUCCCAACUCCUACAGUCUGCAAUGCAAACAUUAUCAGGACUAGCUAAACAGCUCAUCGCUCAGCUACUGGUCUCCCCCACUGCAACCCACAUACAGUACAACCCAUGGAAAGGACAAACAGAAUAAAUAGACUAUUUUGUACAGAGAUAUAUUUUUAUGAAGAGAAUUUGUACAGUUAAAAAAAAUAUAGAAAUUAAAAAAAAUGUAAAUCAAAUCCUUUAUGUCCUAUUUGGAUUAUUGUAUCCUAUGGUAGUGAUGAGCUUUUUUUGUAAAUGUAAAAAUGUACAAAUGCCUUGUUUACAGAAGAUAACUGUAUAUAUGUAAUCUAUACACACUCUGGCUUGUCUGCAAUAUAAGCUGUUUAAUUUAUGUGUCUCUGUAUAUGAGGCUUCUUUUUGUUCAAUUUGUCUUUU